AUGGUCAACGUCGCAAUCGCAGGCGGCACAGGCGCCGUAGGCCGCACCCUCAUCGAAGUCCUAUCCACCCAGACAAAACACCAAGCCUUCAUCCUCUCCCGCAAGGCGCCGAAUCCAGAGGAAACUCCCCUGGCACCGACGUUCGAGGUAGACUACGCCAACGUCGACGCCCUCAAGACGUUCCUCGAAGAGAAUGACAUCCACACCGUCAUCAGCGCGUUCGGCAUCACCGCCACAUCUCUCGCAACGUCGCAGUUAAAUCUCAUCAAGGCGGCGGACCUCUCGUCCGCGACAAAGCGGUUCAUCCCCAGCUCGUUUGCGAUGCGGUACCCCGAGGACGGCGUCGCCCUCCUCCCGCCCCUAGAACACUACUUCACCUCCCUCGAAUACGCCGCCGUCCACAACGGCACCUUCCUAGAAUACUUUGCCCCCGCAACCCUCCAAUCGCACCACCCGCACAGCACCCUCGUCCUCGACAUCGCCCACGCCGCCGCGGCGAUCCCAGGCGACGGCAACACCCCCGUGACAUUCACCUACACCUUUGAUGUGGCGCGCUACGUCGUUGCAGCACUAGACCUCCCCACCUGGCCCGCGGACCACGAACUCCGCAUCGUGGGCGAUGAACUCACCUUUAACGAAUUCGUUACGCUGGCCGAGGAAACCAAGGGUGCAAAGUUUGAUGUGGUCUACGACGACGUGGAGAAGUUGAAGAGGUCCGAGGUUUCAGAGUUACCCGGCCACCAGGCGUCGUAUGCGCAGUUUCCAAAGGAGAGAUUACAGUGGUUCCUGUCGAUUUUUGAGCUGUGGAUGGCGACUGGGUUGGGGAGGGUUGAGGGUGGAAAGGGGUCGUUGAAUGAGGCGUGUCCUGAGAUUAAGCCUUUGACUGCGAGUUGCGAGGGAGAUGUUGGGGAAGUAUUGGAAGGCGUAGCAGUGAGGAUGCGUGGUGGUGGUUUAGUACUCUAG